GCUAGAUUAAUUAGAGAUGGCAGUCGUUCUCGGAGUGGACAUCGGUACAACUUCUGUAAAGACAGUGCUGGUUAAUUAUGAGAGUGGUGCAAUAAUCGCUUCUCAAUCAGAAGAAACGAAAGCUUACACGAAAUCAGGUGCACUGCAUACUGCGGCUGCAGAGCAGGCAGUUUCUUUCAUUUUUAGGGCAAUAGAUAGAGCGAUCAAAAGGUUACCGAGAGAUACAGUAAGCCAUGUUAAAGCUAUUGGUGUAUGCGGUCAGAUGCAUGGUUGUAUGCUAUGGAAGAGAAACUGCAUAGAUCUAUUACUAGAGAAGCUGACAACGUUUGAUAGAAUGGUAGACUGCUUGACUGACGACAACGUCAGCCAUCUGAUCACUUGGGAAGACGGUAGAUGCAACACAGAAUUUUUAAGGUCACUACCACCCUCACAAUCUGGCAGAAGAAUUGCAAAAGGUUAUGGAUGUUCGACUCUAUUCUGGAUGCAGAAGCAUCAGAGUGAUGUUACAAAAAAGUAUGAUUGCUCAGCAACAAUACAAGAUUUCUUGGUUUCCAUUCUUUGCAAACUGACUGUUCCAAUCAUGUCAUAUCAUAAUGCCCACAGUUGGGGAUAUUUUAGCCAAGCAGAAUGCACAUGGGAAGAAGACAUUCUACGUGACUGUGAGUUUCCUGUUCACUUGUUACCGGCAGUUGUUCCACCUGGCUCUGUUGCUGGGAUGACCGUGAAUAGAUGGUAUGGUAUUUCUCCAGGUGUUCCCGUGCUUGCGGCAUUGGGUGACAUGCAGUGCUCAGUACAGGCUGCAAUGGAAACGGUCACUGAUGCUGUGCUAAAUAUAGGCACCUCUGCUCAACUGUCAUACCAGUUGGCACUUCCUAUACCGACUAGAUGUGUUGAAACUGUAGAGUAUCAACCAUUUAUGAUGAACCGAAGUCUUGUCGUUGCAGCAUCUCUGAAUGGUGGGAAUGUCUUGAUGAAAUUUGUUUCUUUGCUACAGAACUGGGUGUCAGAACUUGGUUUGGAGUGUCCUACUGUAGAUACGAUUUACUCGAGGCUUUUGGAAGGGGGAGAAAUGCUAUCAACACUGAAGAUUUCUCCUCUACUAUAUGGUGAACGACACUGUCCUAGUGUACUUGGUUCAGUUGCAAAUAUUUCACCACAUUCACCAUCACUGGGAGAAACAUUUACAGCAUUAUGUGAUGGAUUGAUUGCAAACAUUGCAGGAAUGCUAAGUAAUGAAACACUGAGGAAUGCAGGAAUACUGCGAGUUAUUGGAACUGGGAGUGCUUUAGUGAAAAAUCCCAUUUUACAGGCAGCUGUUAAAAGACACUUUGAUUUUCCACUUGUCAUCCGGUCAAGUUCUGAUGCAGCAAUUGGAGCUGCUCAAUAUGCUAUUGAGACAUUGAGAAGCUCAAAGCAUAGCAAAAAAUAA